AUGGGGAACUGGAAUGGGUGGCUUGAAAUGAGAAUGUUGAUCCAAGAGGCUUAUCAGGCUGACCAGCGAGACCUUCUAAUACCCAGGUACAAAUUAUGUAGGAAAAAUCAAAUAGCUCACCCCAAGGGAGGAAUGGCAGUGUAUGUGAAAGAAAGCUUUAGUGUCAAGUCAGUUAUUGGACAGUCUGCAAAGAGUAAGCAUCCAAAAGAACCGGGGGAAAACAGAAUUAAGCCUGUCAACAAAAAAGUAAAACCCAAAAGUCCCAAAAUGAAGGAGAGAGAAUCUGCUGACCCCUCUUCAAAAUCCCAGUCCAUACUGAUGCAGGUGAUGGAUAAAGGUCGUUUCCAGAAACUAGCUGCCACUUUAAGUCUGUCUGCAGGACAAAGCAUAGAACUGCGAUGUAAGGGCAGUAAUGUUAGUUGGAGCUAUCCUUCAUACUUAGACACCUUUAAAGACUCCAGACUCAGUAUAAAGCAGCUUGACAAGUAUGGGCAGCUGAUCCUUACAAACUCCACUGCAGCAGACACAGGUGAAUAUAGCUGCUGGCUUCAGCUAUGCAAUGGUAACAAAUGCAGGAAGGAUGAGACUAAAACAGGUUCAACAUACAUCUUUUUCACAGAUAAAGGGGAACUUUUUGUACCUACGCCCGGUUAUUUUGAGAUUGUCUACCUGAACCCAGAUAAACCUGCAGUCAUCCCAUGCCGUGUUACUACUCCUUCAGCAAAAGUAACUCUACACAGGGAAUUUCCAGCAGAAGAAAUUAAAACAGAUGGAAUUAACAUUAUUUAUGAUGUGAAGAAGGGUUUUGUCUACCAGCACCCUACUUCUGAUCAUAAAGGUAUUGUCUACUGCAAAGCAGAGUCACAGGGAGCACCUCAGAUUUCCAUCAAGUACCAUCUACUGUAUGUGGAAGUUCCCAAGGGCCCACCUUCAACCACAAUUGCGGCAUCAUCCAAUAGAGCAGAAGUCAGUGACAGCAUUAAUGUAAUCUGCACAGUCCUUGGGGAGCCAGAUGUAGAUGUGAACUUCAGUUGGCAGUACCCAGGGCAACAGUCUGAGAGGCCUGUGAUUAUCCAAAACUUCUGGAGACUGAUCAACAGAGGAACUGGCCAUACCACAAGAAUCUCAAAGAGUGUUAUUGUUAUUGAAGAUUUUGAAGCAAGAGAUGCUGGGAACUACAUUUGUAUAGCUCAGAACCUACAAGGAGAAACAACAGUAGCUACUAAAAUUGAACUAAACUGAUAGGAAAGACUUCUGGACACAGAAUGAAUUGUCAGCAUGUUAUUUGACACUUUAGCCAUUUAGUUUUUUAUUAAUGUUUAAAUGAAGUUUUUUUAUCACUGCUCCUUUUCAUACAUCAAUGCAUUCCAUUUGUACUAGCUGGACAGGCCAAAGUAGAGUGCCUUAUGCUUGGCAGUAGUCAGCUAUGAGAUAAAACUCCUAUAAGUAAGUAUUAAACUUUAAGCCUGAACGUGCAUGUGGCUCAUUAUAUUUAGGAAUAGGUGCUCUUAGGCUUUCCUUUGCAUAUAGUCUUUUCCUCAGUCUUUCACAACAUUAACCUGCUGUGGGAUUUGUGCCUUUUUGUGUGUUUGUGAAAACUGAGAAGACAUGUAAUGACUUCAACAAUCCAGCAGUGCAGGUAUCUCUUUUCUGGUGCUGUGCAAUUUUAAACUGUAAAGUACUGUACAUGUUAAAAGUUACUCUAUUAGCCAAUAGCAAUGUUUAUUUUGUAAGAAUAAUUAAAUUUCUGAACAUUCUAAAAAAUGUGUGUGUGUAUGUGCAUGCAGGUGUGCAUAUAUACUUUUUAAUGUAAGACACAGACACGAAGAAAAUUCUCUGUCUUAGAGAAGAUCAGUCGUUAAUAUAUAUUAAGGUGGUAGAAGGUGUAUCUCGAGGGACAUGUAAGGGAUAGGGUAUGUUGGAUUUUUCUUACGUUACUGCAUUCUUACCACUUUUUAUAAUACAUAGUUUACUCACAGCUAGCUUCUCAAUAGCACAUGUCUCAUAAUUCCUAGUUGCUAAAGAUAAAACUUGUAUUUAUUUAUAUGGUACUAUUUACAGAAGAAAAAACAAACAUAACAUGACUAGAAUACUGAAUGAUUAUACAGCAGAAUCUUUUCUCAGGUUUAAUAACAAGUUCAACUUGAUUGUAUUAAUUUACUUAGGAGAAAAGGAAAGAUGUUUCAUUUACACAAAACUAGAUCUGGAUUAAAAAAAAGCACCUGCUUCGCUCACCGUGGAUUUAGUUACCAGUACAAGGAAAAGACUUCCUAGCAAAAAGGUAAGAGAACUUUCUGAUCCCAGCACUGUGACAUGUCAGCCAUGGUUUUCUUUCCUAGGGCUCAAGCACAGAAUCCACCAUUCCAGUACAAAAUUACUCAGCAGUGUAAGUCUAAGUGACAAAAAUUGUAAUGCAAGCCGGUUUAGUUACAAGGGAUAUAAACCCCAGCUUACUCAGAGUGCAUGAAGAACCGAACCAGAUACCAGUCCUUGCUUACACCCUUGUGUGUCAGCCCAUCUUUGACUGGAACUUCUAAAGCUUUCUUCAGAGCUGGCUUGGAAUAAUCCUCCUGCUCAAGAUAAUUCAAACUUUUGAGCAGUUGGAUACAGGACUAUUUUGUGGAGUGAUAGCUAGUAACGUAUUGUUAAUGUAAAAAAAUUGCCGCUUAUCAUAAUAUCAUUAACCUAAUUAUCAGUGUAGCCAAUGAUAGGAUUAAACAAGCUUGCUGAAAGUGUAUUGUUUUAGGUUCCUUCACUCUAAAGUAAUAUAAUGGAUAUGCUCAAUGUCAGUAAUAAGACUGAAAUGGCUAUGCAUGUCUCAUUAAAUAUGCUUCAUAGCGAAAACUCCCUAGUUGCCAGAAAUAUUUUUGGCCUCUGGAAAUAAGGUAGCUCAAAAAAAAAAAA